GUCGCAGGCACAACUAGUGUUUUAAUAAUUUUGUGUUGUAUGGCAGCGAUAUCAUGAUCCUCGCCUGACCGAUACAACAUUAAUGGAAGUUGAAAUAGAUAGACCUACUCGCCUACGCAUACCUACCUAACUUAAAAAAAAUAUUCGUAAUAAAAAUGGUGCUUGUAUAUAGUUGCUGCUUUUGGUUUUCGCUUCGACUUGCUGGCAUAUUAAUAGGAUUUUUCUCAGUUAUUCAAGCUGUAUUGGGAAUAAUAGCUUUCGCAAUAGUUUAUAAGCAUCAACAAGAUGUUAAAGAGCAAUUAUCACUGUGGAUGAAAAACUUGAACCUCAUUUAUGUGAAUGGAUAUUUGGAAAAUUUUCAAGCAGAUCCUGAAAAGUACAUUACUUAUUCCAUUGUCAUUUUGAGCAUCUAUAUAUUUUUUUGUAUCCUGUUUAUUUAUGGAGCCUAUGUGUGCAACAAUGCCGCGAUGAUUGGUUUCAUCCUGAUAGAGAUGAUACGUCUUAUAACUCUGUCAAUACUGGUAACAACGUGGCUGCUGGUUCUUAAACAGAACACCAUGGAUAUAGGCCUAGUUAUUGGAGCUAGCGUGGCGAGUGGUUUUACACUUUUGGGCAUGUUUUACUUGUGGGUAUGUGCGGCCGCUCUGCCAAUGCUCAUUAACGAGAUGGAGCGCGAAGAACAGAAAGCCAAGAUUGAUAAACUUGAACAACUUCUCGAAUACAAGAAGCAGCGUUUCAACCCGUUACUAUCCACAUUUGAUGACGACGAUGAAGAUUUAUAUAACAAACAAUUGUUUGUUAUACCACGAAACAAUUUCUCAAAAUCAAUAGACGAAAGAAGAAUGAAUCAUAAGUUAUAUUAAAAGUACCUAAUCUACUCUCCAUGUA